GGUUUCGCUCUCACAGACGGACAGCACAGCAGCCUCUGUUGGACCAAUUACCGGGCCCGUCUGUGCGCUGCCCCGCCGAGCGUGUUUUUCUAGGCGGCACUCUGUUCACUGCGCCAGGAGAGUAAGAAGCAACAGCAGCGGGACAAACGGUUCAGGACAGACACUACCGAGUUUAUAAUGGGGUCGUCUGGGGCUCUGGUCUGCUGCACCGCAUUUGUCUUGAUUUUACUCAGCUCAGCAUCUCACGAUUUUCCAGAUGAGCACAUCUUCGAGCAGCGUGAGGUCACCUUUGACAAAAUCAUUCAAGCGAUGGAAGACUCAGAUUCCUUCAUUUUCCAGAAAGAGGUGGACUUGCGAGAUUAUGUUAUGAAGGAGGGUUCCAAACCAGGAGUCUUGACACCUAGAGGAGGUCGUCCUCGGCCCCGUUCCUUUCGUGGUCCUUAUUUUUUGGAGUACCCAGUUCAGUUCCCCGUCGGGCGACCGACAUCCGACAAUCUCCAAGCCAUCUGUCUCCAUGGAGAACAUCGUCCCAACUACCCGGCCUCUUACUUUCCUGUUUCUAGCUAUGGCCAGCACAAGCGGAUGGGCAGUGCUGUCAAUAUGGCCGAGUCCUGGUUUAGCACAUGCUGCAAAGGGAACCAGACUUGGGAGAGGGAAGUGACGCUGUGUUGCGCCACACAGGCAUGGGAGCUGUCAGUCCAAUUAUUCUGUGAGGAGGCCUCAUCUAUAAAGGCUCCUCUUUAUCACUGCUGCAGACUGAGAGGCAACGACAAGCUGAACUGUUUCCAAAAUGACGCUCCAAACCCAAACUACGAGGCCACAGAGGAGCUACUGGUACCACCGCUUCCCUCUACAGUCAACUUCAGCUUUGACCCCAGCACUUGCCAGAGGACAGAGAUGAUUCCACAAAGUCUCAGAGGAAACGGAGAUGCUCCCCGGAAAGUUGACAUUAGCUUUCCUCCUGGACAACCCACAGCUGACACAAUUGAGACACUGUGUCGCAACCAGAAACAGCGCCCCCUCUAUAAAAUCAAUUGCCUGGCAGGUGAAGAGUACGCAUGGCUGGCUCGUCAGGCAAAGACCAUUAAUCGUAUAGAAAAGGGAUUCAAACAGUGCUGCAAAAAGAAGCAUGGUGUGCUCAACUGUGCUGAUCAGAAGUGGCGUGAGGAGCUUAACAAGUAUUGUGUUGACGAAAACGGUGAAAAGGUGGAUUUCCCCUGUUGUUUGGUCGGCGAGUCAAAUGAUCGAUACAGCUGUUUCCGAAAUGUUUCCGACGACCCACAUUAUGACAUGACCUCUGCCACUGAAGAGCUCUCACUUCACAAGAUCUGUGACACUCACAAGAUCAUCAAGAAAAAGUUCCCUGUUGGUUUUCCUGUCAAGCACUUAGUGGACCAGUGCUGCCCCCUGCCUGAAGAAUUAAAGACUGCUUGUUUUGAGCAGAAGCUUGAGGAACUAUCACAGAUAUGUUCAGCAAAGAAGACCUCUCCUCCAGCUGUCCGUCGCUGUUGCCGCAUGUCAUCACAACGGCCUGCACAGUGUAUGUCCAAAAUUCUCAUGGACGCCAUCUCCAAAGCAAACAACGUCUCACGCCAAAAGAAGAGGAAGAAGUGCCCACUCUCCUAAACCAUUAUGACCUUUUGCUGCUGACCCUACUGGCACUGGGCCAUUCGGGGAAAUGGCAAGCAAGCGGCAUAGUUGACAUCCGAUCACUGAACAGCAACAAUUAGAGGUCUGGAAGAAUAUGGUCCAAAUUCUAGCUUUCUAAGAUUCUAACUGCCAAUGUUACUUGCUUUUUUUCAUCUCAGAUCACAUUAGAAGCAUUUUUAUCACAAUAAUACAUUUAUAAUGAAACAAACAUACAGUUAAAUGCUUAGUUUGUAAUACAGACCUCUGUCUGUGUCACUUUACCACUACUUGUUAUAGGCUGCCGUACAUAUUUGAUUAUUAAAGAAUUUUAUUGAUUCAUUUGGAGCUGCCAGAUCAGUUCUCUUCUUUGUAUAUUGUUUUGUGAUAAUCAUAUCUACAACAGUUUUAAUAAAAAAAAAGUCAAAAUAUCACUUGGACAAAUUUUCGAAAAAUAACAAGCCAUGAUUUGUGUUCUGCUAUAUGUACAUUUUCUAAUUGUCAUUCAUACUGUAUGUUUUAAGAUUUUGUUCUUAACUUUGCAACUCAUGAUUUUGAACGUCUGACAUUAGGUGAAAACUAUAUAAAAGUUAUUUGGUUUGAUGAUAUUUCACAUAAACAACAUACAGCUAACAAUGAUUCAAUAAGUAUAGGACAAUGACAUGCAAAGAUACAAACUAUACAUAACAAGUAACACAAACAAGGUAUUAUGCAUAAAACUAAUGUACAACACAGAAUAAACACAUUUGAAAUCAUA